AUGGUUUCCAUUGAGAUUCCGCGUACUAUUGAGUCCGAAGGAACCACCUUAUAUGUCAUUGAAUGCACACUGGAAAAUAACCGUAUUACACAGACACGACGAAGGUUCUCCGAGUUUUUGGCCUUAAAGACGAACCUACUUCGAUUAUACAAUACAAGUUCUUUCCCGUUCCAAUUGCCAUCCAAAACCUUGUUUAAGGUUACCGAUGAGACAAAAGAAAAGAGAAGAGUCCAACUGAGCAACUUUUUAAACGAUCUAGUGCAGAAAGAGGAAUGGAGAGAUAAUAUCUAUGUCAGAGAGUUUCUAAGCCUUCCAAACAGCUACUUCAAGAGGUUGCGUAAUAAUCAAAAUGUUAACUUCUCUCUGGGGAAAAAACGAAGUAUCGCAAACUCUUCUGAAUGGCUGCAAUUGGCAAAUGAGGUCAGAACAUUAAUCCAAACUGGCCGCACUCAGCUGUUUGCCAAACAAACUCUUGAGGCUAGAAUGAUCCUCGUAGGCUUACAAAGUAAACUUCAAAGUUUAGAUCCAAUUCCACAGGAUAGUUUAGGCGCUGGCGAGUUGAGCAAGAGAAAGAACAUGCUUGUUGGAUUCAAAAGAGAUUAUUCGGAACUAAACUCGCUUCUAAAUGAACUAAGUCGUUCAAGCCCUCAAGAAGAAUCCAAACCUCGAUUGUUUAACACUCGCCGUGUUUUAGGAGGUCCAGAACCAGAAACUGAUAGCACGAGACCUUUGGAAAACAACGAACUACUACAGAGUCAGCAAAUGAUAAUGCAAACACAAGAUCAAAAAAUCGAAGAAUUGAGAAGUGCAAUCCAGCGUCAAAGAGAGCUGGGCACUAUAAUCAACCAGGAAAUAGGUGAGCAGAAUGAACUCAUAGACGAAUUGGAUGAUCAGCUCGACGUAAGCACCGACAAGAUGAACAUUGCAAGACAAAAGGUGUCAAAGGUUCUACGGUGA